GAGGGCGGGGAGGAGCACUCUUCCUGGUUGGGCCCGGCCCUGAGCAGCCACCCGGGAAACCCGCCGCAGGGACCGCCGCGACCCCCCAAAACAACCCUCCCUGCCCCCAGGAUGGCCGAGGAGUUCAUCACUCCCGUGUACUGCACGGGGGUGUCAGCCCAAGUACAGAAGCUGCGGGCCAAGGAGCUGGGCCUGGGCCGCCACGAGAACGCCAUCAAGUACCUGGGCCAGGAUUACGAGCAGCUGCGGGCGCAAUGCCUGCAGAGUGGGGCCCUCUUCCGCGACGAGGCCUUCCCCCCGGUACCCCAGAGUCUGGGCUUCAAGGAGCUGGGCCCCAACUCCUCCAAGACGUAUGGCAUCAAGUGGAAGCGCCCCACGGAGCUUUUCUCAAACCCCCAGUUCAUCGUGGACGGAGCCACACGCACAGACAUCUGCCAGGGAGCCCUGGGGGACUGUUGGCUGCUGGCGGCCAUUGCCUCCCUCACCCUCAAUGACACCCUCCUGCAUCGUGUGGUCCCGCAUGGCCAGAGCUUCCAGAACGGCUAUGCCGGCGUCUUCCACUUCCAGCUGUGGCAGUUUGGGGAGUGGGUGGACGUGGUCGUGGACGACCUGCUGCCCACCAAGGACGGGAAGCUCGUGUUCGUGCACUCAGCUGAAGGCAACGAGUUCUGGAGCGCCCUGCUGGAGAAGGCCUAUGCCAAGGUGAAUGGCAGCUACGAAGCCCUGUCGGGGGGCAGCACCUCGGAGGGCUUUGAGGACUUCACGGGUGGGGUCACGGAGUGGUACGAGCUGCGCAAGGCGCCCAGUGACCUCUACCAGAUCAUCCUCAAGGCGCUGGACCGGGGCUCCCUGUUGGGCUGCUCCAUCGACAUCUCCAGCAUUAUGGACAUGGAGGCCGUCACCUUCAAGAAGCUGGUGAAGGGCCACGCCUACUCUGUGACCGGGGCCAAGCAGGUGCACUACCAGGGCCAGAUGGUGAGCCUGAUCCGGAUGCGGAACCCCUGGGGCGAGGUGGAGUGGACGGGAGCCUGGAGUGACGGCUCCUCAGAGUGGAACAGCGUGGAUCCCUAUGAACGGGAACAGCUCCGGGUCAAGAUGGAGGAUGGGGAGUUCUGGAUGUCCUUCCGGGACUUCAUGCGCGAGUUCACCCGCCUGGAGAUCUGCAACCUGACGCCCGACGCACUCCAGAGCCGCAGGUUCCGCAAGUGGAACACCACGCUCUACGAGGGCACCUGGCGGCGGGGCAGCACCGCGGGGGGCUGCCGGAACUACCCAGCCACUUUCUGGGUGAACCCCCAAUUCAAGAUCCGGCUGGAAGAGGUCGACGACCCCGACGAUGACCACGGGGGCCGCGAGUCGGGCUGCAGCUUCGUGCUCGCCCUCAUGCAGAAGCACCGCCGCCGCGAGCGCCGCUUCGGCCGCGACAUGGAGACCAUCGGCUUCGCAGUCUACGAGAUCCCUCCACAGCUGGUGGGCCAGCCGGCCGUGCACCUGAAGCGCGACUUCUUCCUGGCCAAUGCGUCGCGGGCGCGCUCGGAGCAGUUCAUCAACCUGCGGGAGGUCAGCACCCGCUUCCGGCUCCCGCCCGGGGAAUACGUGGUGGUGCCCUCCACCUUCGAGCCCAACAAGGAGGGCGACUUUGUGCUGCGCUUCUUCUCGGAGAAGAGUGCUGGGACCCAGGAGCUGGACGACCAGAUCCAGGCCAACCUCCCCAACGAGCAAGUGCUCUCAGAAGAGGAGAUUGAUGAGAACUUCAAGUCCCUCUUCAGGCAACUGGCAGGGGCGGACUUGGAGAUCAGUGUCAAGGAGCUGCGGACCAUCCUCAACAGGAUCAUCAGCAAACACAAAGACCUGCGGACCAAGGGCUUCAGCCUGGAGUCCUGCCGCAGCAUGGUGAACCUCAUGGACCGUGACGGCAAUGGGAAGCUGGGCCUGGUAGAGUUCAAUAUUCUCUGGAACCGCAUCCGGAAUUACCUGGCCAUCUUUCGCAAGUUCGACCUGGACAAAUCGGGCAGCAUGAGCGCCUACGAGAUGAGGAUGGCCAUCGAGUCUGCGGGCUUCAAGCUCAACAAGAAGCUGUAUGAGCUCAUCAUCACCCGCUACUCCGAGCCCGACCUGGCCAUCGACUUCGACAACUUCGUGUGCUGCCUGGUGCGGCUGGAGACCAUGUUCCGGUUUUUCAAAUCUCUGGAUACAGAUCUGGAUGGAGUCGUGACCUUUGACCUGUUUAAGUGGUUACAGCUGACCAUGUUUGCAUGAGGUGGGUCUCAGGCCCCCCUUUCUGGACCCCCUCCCUUCCUGGUUUGCCACACCUUCCCGCCACGCCACUCCACACCAUGCCACGCCGCACCACGCCGGGCCACGCCAGCUGCAAGUGCCUUCCGUGGAGCCAGGACAGUCUUUUCUCCUGCCCCCUCACCCCCAGCCCCCACUGCUCAUCUGCUCCGGGCAGAGCUGGGCAGCCCUCCGCCUCCGCCUCCACCAACCACGGGCCCAGGAUGGACCCCCGCCCCUCCCCCCGGCCCCCCAUCAGGCAGCUUACGCAUGUGUCUGCUUCAGGGCCGCUGGACUUCUGGGGAGCUGGCAGCCACAGGCCCCCCGAGCACCCUGAUGUAUCCCCUCCCCUCACACCGCAUCCAGCUCUUGAGAGGCUGCCCCCCCCAGCACCCCUACCUUCUCCCCUAUCCCUUUGCGUGUCUCCUACAGACUUUAAACAUAACCACUAGCCCUGCACAGCCAUUGCAGUCAGGGCAGCCUGGAGCCCCCUCCCCUGCCUGGGGCCUCCUCCCCAGGGCUGGGGACAGCUGUGCCUUCCGUGCAGAAGCCAACGCCCCCCUCCGCCCCCGCAGCCUGCACCCCACCCCACCCUGGCCCUGCCCGGCCCCCUGCCCUGGAAGGUGUUCAGGCUCACCCCCUCCCCCUCCCUCCUUUUUUUUAUAUAGGGGAUUUCAAAGGGGACUCUUCAGGAAUGGGGUUAUGGUUAUGGGGUGCCAGAGGCACCGGGACGUGGGUGCAGGGGUCUCGUUUCCAUUCAGAAGAACCCCAAAUAAAAGGAAAAGGCCCCA